UGACGACGUGGUUGAUAUCUAUACCGCCGACGACACAACACAAGAACGCCGUUCGUCUACCAGUGUCGUCGAUCCAUUGAGAAUCAUUCCUCGUCGGCCAUGUCGUGGUCUAAGGCAUGCAGAGGGACUCAGAUUUCUUCAUAUUUACACAACAUUCAUCGAACAUCGCUAUCUACAAGGACUGUGAAUCUUGCUCCAUGCUCUCGUUAUUACUAUGGAGUUUGUAGAGGCAACCAGCAUCAUCUCCGAAGCAAGAGUGGGCUUUGGGGAAGCUCAUCUUCGUUUUCCUAUUUGAACUCUCAUCUCCCUGCUGCUGCUGCUCAUCGUCAGUAUUCUACUCAGUUGAUAACAGAAACCAAAUCGAAGAAAAUGCUUUAUUACCUCACUGCCGUUGUCUUUGGCAUGGUUGGGUUAACUUACGCGGCUGUGCCAUUGUAUAGAACGUUCUGCCAAGCUACUGGUUAUGGCGGUACUGUUCAACGCAAAGAGACUGUUGAGGAGAAGAUUGCUAGGCAUUCAGAAUCUGGUACCGUCACUGAAAGGGAGAUUGUGGUGCAGUUUAAUGCUGAUGUUUCAGAUGGGAUGCAGUGGAAGUUCACUCCUAGUCAACGAGAGGUGAGAGUAAAGCCAGGAGAAAGCGCGCUAGCUUUUUACACUGCUGAAAACAAAAGUUCAGUUCCAAUAAUUGGAGUCUCCACUUACAAUGUCACUCCCAUGAAGGCAGGAGUUUAUUUCAACAAGAUACAGUGUUUUUGCUAUGAGGAACAGCGACUUCUCCCCGGAGAACCGAUCGACUUGCCCGUGUUCUUCUACAUUGAUCCUGAGUUUGAGACUGAUCCUAGAAUGGAUGGAGUCAACAACCUGAUACUGUCUUACACUUUCUUCAAAGUGUCCGAGGAAAAUACUAACAGCUCUGUCCCAGUUCAAGAAAACAAUUGA